CGCUGUGUGGAGCUGCUUCGGCCGAACGCGAACUGCUAGCAAACCAGGAGACAAAAGCAACAAAAGUGAACCCCCCUCCGGAUCAAUCAAAUGUGUCAUAUUUAACCGUUUAGGAACCGAAACCCAGUGAACAAGUCGCCGUACUUAACAGUCUUGUACGGAGGAGUGGAGCUACUCCAGUCAUAAAUGGAGAGGGACGAGCACGCGCUCUGUGUCCUGGACGGCAACACCCACAUCCCAACACCUGCUUGAGAGCUGCUGUAUCGAUGACCACAGUUGAAAAAAGCGAUUGCAUUUGACACCGCAGACCUGACUAUUCUACAGAAACGCUUGGGCUGCUGCCAUGGAUGGGGAGGAAGAGGUCUCACAUAUGGGCGAGGAAAUGGUCAGUGAACCUAAUGGCUCCAUAGAACGCAGAAAAAGAGAGGCAAAAGGGACCUGCCUGAAAAUUGAAGGGCAGGAUGGCUAUGUGUUCAAAUCCUACAGCAUUAACCCCCGUGAAACUGCUGAUGCAAAGUCACCUGCUUGCUCCUCAAUAACACUGGAUAAAGACUCUCUUCCUUGUUUCAACUUUUCUUCUCAGGGUGACGGACUGUUUGAGACAGACACAGCAAAUAAGAGUGCUGCAGCUUCUCCCACUCUUUCAGACAAAUGCCUAAACAUUGACACCGAGGGAAAUGCAGAGAGUGAAAAGUAUGAAAAUGGCAGCGAAUUGAGUGAACAUGGCAAAGGGGAGAUCCAGGAUGCUAAUGGAAUGGAGGAAGAAACCCAGGAUGAUGACAGGCUACCCUUUGGAAGCUCAGUUGGCCCUUUUGUAACUAAAGAUGGCGAUGACUAUAGCAAUUUACUAAGUGGAUACACAAGCACCCUUUAUGAUGUCGCCAUGGACGCUGUCACUCAGAGCCUUUUGUCAUCUAUGAGGAGUCAGACCAACCCACGGAAAAAAUCUCCAGCAUGGAAUCAUUUCUGCAUAUCACCACGAGACAGUACCAAAGCAAUCUGUUUAUACUGCAUGAAAGAGUUCAGUCGGGGUAAGAACGAAAAAGACCUCAGCACGAGUUGUUUAAUGAGGCACGUACGAAGGGCUCACCCCACUGUGCUUUUGCAAGAAGGAGCCGACGCAUCCUCAAAUAAUCUGACUAGCCCUCUUGCCUCAUCUUUGAUACCUCCCUCCCCAAACUCACCAAAAAACGGAGACUUGACAAAUAGCAUUGUUAGCUCUGCCUCAAAGAACACUUCACCGUCCACCUCCUCAGCUGAAAAUUCAGACCUGUCAUCCAAAGAAGUGUUACCCAAAGUCGAACCAAAACUAGAACCGUACACCAAUGCCGACGCUGUUUGCAGCACCCUCCCAUCCUCACAUUCCAAUGAAAACAAUGCCGAAGACAUGUCAGACGGAGGGCCCGAGCGCCUUCCAGGGACCCCAAAAAGCUCUAGCUCCCGUCGCAGGUCAGCUGUAUGGAAACAUUUCUACCUGUCGCCUGCUGAUAAUUCCAAAGCAGUAUGCAUUCAUUGCAUGAAUGAAUUCAGUAGGGGUAAAAAUGGAAAGGAUUUGGGGACAAGCUGUCUUAUCCGGCAUAUGUGGAGGGCACACAAAGAAGUUGUAAUUGAGGAGAAUGGACAGGGAAAUCACAUUCCACCGCCCUAUACUAACCCGCCCUCGCUGCUGUCCCGCACUCAACUACAAGAUCCACUGGAACUCAAAAAAGAAUCACCCCUUCUUCCAUCAUCACCAGAAACCAUAUCAGAUGAACUACCCCAAAGCAUGGACGAAAGCAUGGAUAUAAAGGAAGAAUCUGAUGAGGUGAUGCAUCUCUCAGGGCAGGAGACCACACUCAACCUCUCCUUCAAAACUCAUGGGGAGGACACACCCCUGACUUCAUCACCAUGUGACCUCUCUGAAGGCCCCAGCCUCAAUCAGGAUCAUUCAGUUUUUCAGCAAAACAAAAAGAUCAUGAAACGGGUUAAAUCAGAAGUGUGGCACCAUUUCAUAGUGUCACCUGUUGACCAGUUAAAAGCACUGUGCCGUUACUGUCCGUGUGUCAUCAGCCGGGGGAAACGGGGCGAUUUUGGUACAAGCUGCUUAAUGAGACAUCUAAUGAGACGUCACCCAGAUGUCCUCAAAAACCAAAAAAGCACAGAUGAUAAGGAAUCUUCCCCUCAUCCCUACACCAAUCUCAGUGCAACAGAUCCAGUUUCAGCCAAAGAAACUGAGAGUCCCCUUAGUGAGAAAAAACCACAAACCCUGCCUGUUUUCAGUAAAAAGACGUCAAAACUGUGGAAUCAUUUUUCCAUUUCGCCUGCUGACCCUACAAAGGUGGUUUGUUUGCACUGUAGCCGCACAAUUAGCAGAGGCAAAAAGACUACAAACCUCGGCACAAGCUGCCUUUUCAGGCACAUGCAGAGGUUUCACGGACAUGUUCUUGAAAGUAACAAUACUAUCUCAGGUGAUGUGCCGUCUGCUGAAAUUCAUGUUAAACAAGAGCUCAUGGACACUUCUGUUUAUGAAACGGAACAGAAUCGUGAGAGAUUUGAUGAACACCACCCGGUUGCCAAAAAAAUCACCAAACUUAUUGCAGAAAUGCUCGCACUGGAUCUUCAGCCAUCAGCUAUGGUGGAGAAUGCUGGACUGAAUCGACUGCUAGAGUACCUCCAGCCUCAGUAUUCUCUACCACCCUCUUCUUACUUUACCAGCACUGCCAUACCAGAUAUGUACGAAAGGGUGAAGGAGGUUGUGUUGACCCACCUGAAAGAAGCUGAAGGUGGUGUUGUCCACUUCACAACUAGUAUUUGGGUCAGUAGCCAGACAAGGGAAUACCUAACCCUUACCGCCCACUGGGCGACGUACGAGUCAAGUGUCAGACCCCAAGGUCAAGACUUUCACUGUUCUGCUCUCCUAAGUGUCUCACAAAUAGACUCUGAUCACGAUAUGCAUGACAUCCCAAAGCAGCUCGAGUAUCUGUGGGAUUCUUGGAUCAACUCAUCAGGGCUGAAAAAGGGGUUCACUGUAACAGACAACACCACCAUCAAAAACACCUUGGAGGACCACGGUCACGUCACCAUGCAGUGUUUUGGACACACCAUCGACCUCAUUGUUAGUGAAGCCAUAAAGAGCCAGCGAAUGGUUCAGAACCUUCUGAGUAUUGCACGAAAGAUCUGUGAGCGUGUGCACCGCUCAGCAAAGGCCAAGGAGAAGCUGGCCGAGCUCCAGAGGGUCCAUCAGCUGCCAGAGAACCAGCUCAUUCAGGACGUCCCUUCCAAAUGGAUGACCUCCUUUUUCAUGCUGGAGCGACUGGUUGAGCAAAAGAAAGCCAUUGACGAGAUGUCGAUUGAGUGCAAUUUCAGGGAAAUGAUCAGCUGCGAUCAGUGGGAAGUAAUGCUGUCAGUCUGCAAUGCACUGAAACCUUUCGAAGUCGCCUGCAGGGAGAUGAGCAACCGCACUGCCACUCUGGGACAAGUGAUACCACUCAUUCAUAUUCUCAACAGAAAAAUAGACCUGCUGUUUGACGAGACCGUGGGAAUAGACAACAUGCUGAAGUCUCUAAAGGAAGCGAUGGUGAGCAGGAUGUCUGCAACUCUUCACGACCCUCAAUACAUCUGGGCAACCAUGCUGGACCCGCGAUACAAAACGUCAUUGUUCACAGAGGAAGAAGCUGAAAGAUGUAAACAAGACCUGAUCCGGGAGCUGGACAUGUCCUGUUCUACCUCAGUUUCAGUCAAGCCUCUGCUGCACAACGGCUGCAACGAGGCCAACGUUUCAUCCAGCACCGCGAAUUCGAACAAGGACAACCUCUGGUCCUUGAUGGCUGACAUCAGGCAAAAGAUAAAAAACGAGGAGAAGCCAAAGUCCUCAGAGCUGGCAGUGCUGGAGUAUCUUGAGGAAGACAUACUCGAUCAAAGCUGUGACCCCCUUGACUACUGGAACCUGAAAAAGUUCCUAUGGCCUGAUCUUGCCAAAGUAGCCGCCCGCUACGUGGGUUGCCCUCCGAGCGUCGUCCCAGCAGAGACACUGUUCAGCACAGCUAGUGUCAACUGUGCCCUGAAUCAGCCCAGGCCUUUGCUAGAAAACAUGGAGGGUCUGCUGUUCCUCAAGGUCAACCUCCCUUUGAUUUAUUUUCAGUACUGAUCAUAAUUAUUUUGUUGAGCAUUAACUUGAAAACCCUUUAUUUAAGGACCAAGUUGCAUAGCUGUGAAAUGGGGGGUGGGGUUCUGUCGGGCAAAAUGUAAAAUAUCAUUGAAUACACUGAUUUUCAAUGCAAAGGCCAGAUCGAGGCUUUAUUGUAUUCUCUGUACUACUGUUAAAACACUUUGGAGCUGUUGUGAUGAAAAGUCUCAGAAGUGUAUCAGGGAGGGAGGGUUUUUCUAGCUGUAGGGGUUGGUGAUAAUGUGUUUGCUUCUAAAUCAAUGUUUUUCCUUUGUCUACUCUCUCCUUGUGCCUUAUCCAAAACUACUUCAGGUCAAAAACGCUGUAAAUAUUGUUGAAAUUGCGCAGAUCACGUCAGGAUGCUUUUUUUGAAUAUUAUGAUUAAAGAUAAGAGUUGUUUUCUGAAUGAAAACAUGGCCCCAAAAAAAUAAAUAAAUGCUGUGACUGAAAGAUAUUUUAAGUUUAUAUUAUUUAAUUUUCAUUGUGAAUUUGUGGCUCAUGGUACUGUCAUUUAGAAUUAGAUUUUUUUUAUCUUGCUGAUAUGUUUUUAAUAAGAUCAUGUAUAAUAUUGCUGUAUUUUCUGAAUAAUGGGGUUUGUUUGGAAUAUACAAUUUGUCUCUCAAGCACAAUUUAAGUUUAUGUCCAGGGGUUUAAAUUAUGGGUUUAUUAUUGAGUAAAACAAUGUACUGUACAUUUUUAUAUUAAAUGACUUCUGAACCUAAUUUCAUAAAUGUUUUAGCAUUGAGACUGGAAACAUGCAAAUUUUGGUCAUUUGUAAAUAAAGGUUUUCCUUACACAA